AUGGACGCUCGCGCACCCGAGGGUUCUCAGCAGCCUUUGGUCUCCCCGCAACCUCCGCUGCCUGGAACCGAUAUAGGGCCCUCACACGAGCUACCAGAGCAAGGCUCGAGCAGCACUGACCCCAGCAGUGGUCUGGUGCGCCGGCGGGCACCCGAACAGAUUGUUGUGGGCACGAAAGAUCCAGCAGACACGGAUCUUACUGCGGCACAGAAAACGUUUUACGGGAUUUCGCAGCUGCCCGGACAGAAGGCAUCCCCUGAGAUGAAAGGCUGUGAAAACCUCUUGGGUCGCUCGCUGGAAGAAGCUCAUGGAGGCCAGAUAAAUGAGUUACUAGGAGAUUUACGUUCCAAGUGCACCGCUGCUUCCACAAGGCUGAAUACGAUAGCUGACCAGCUCGAGCGCGAGUGUGAAAACCCCGACCUGCGAGAAUGGGAGUACACGACUUACCCGCAGCCUGAAAAUGUAGUAAUAUGCAGCUUCGACAUGCAGGCGAUGUCUGUUGCAGGUUCGCCGUCAACCAUAUCUAGGACGGGACCCGCAGUUGCGGCGGCAUCUGUUGACCAUCUACCGCGACCUGUGUCACCAGUCGCAAACGAAUCAGUUGAGAAUCAGCGCAAUCAAGAGCAAGCUCAAAGUGUUGAAUUUCCACACCCAGUCCGAUAUGAUUAA